AUGUGGCAUCGUAUAGUCAUUUAUUCCGUGCUGUGUUUUGUACCCUCCUAUCAACAAAUCCCCCGUCGCUGUGCCACCCAAGAAGCCCUGCGCGCAAAGGAGUGCUGCCCGUCAUGGGAAGGAGACGGUUCGCCCUGCGGAGCCAGCUCGGGUCGGGGCUUCUGCAAAGAUGUGGAGGUGCCGGACCAGCCCGACGGACCGCAGUACCCCUUCUCCGGGUUGGACGACAGGGAGAAGUGGCCCCUUGUUUUCUACAACCGGACUUGCCAGUGCACAGGCAACUUUAUGGGUUUCAGCUGCGCCGACUGUAAGUUUGGCUACUUUGGGGUGAACUGCAAUGAGAAGAGAGAGUCUAUCAGGAGGAACGUAUUCCACCUUUCCAGGGCCGAGAGGAUCCGGCUUGUGUCUUACCUGAACUUGGCCAAGCAGACGACCAGCAGCGACUAUGUUGUGGCCACCGGGACCUACCAGGAGAUGGAGAACGGCUCCAAUCCGAUGUUCGCGGACGUGUCUUCGUAUGAUGUGUUUGUGUGGAUGCAUUACUACGUGUCCCGGAACGCGCUGUUGGGCGGGCCGGGGAACGUGUGGACCGAUGUGGACUUUGCCCACUGGGGGCCUGCGUUCCUCCCGUGGCACCGCGUGUACCUGCUGCACUGGGAGCACGAGAUCAGGAAGCUGACUGGAGACAUGAGCUUCACCAUCCCGUACUGGGACUGGAGGGAUGCCCAGGGGUGUGACGUGUGCACGGACGAGCUGAUGGGGGGCCGGAGCCCCCAGGAUCCCAGUCUUCUCAGCCCAGGCUCGGUAUUCUCUUCUUGGAGGGUGCUGUGCUCCCGAGCAGCGGACUACGAUGACAGAGGUAUGUUGUGUGAUGCCGGGGGAGAAGGCCCAUUGCGUCGUAACCCUGGAAACCACAACCGUAACGUGGUUGAACGAUUACCAACUUCAGCAGAGGUAGAGUUCACUCUCAGUCUGAUCAACUAUGACACCGGAGCUGUGGACCGCGGUGCCAACAUGAGCUUCAGGAACACUCUGGAAGGAUUCGGGGAUCCUCAGACUGGGUUAGGAAACAGUUCUCAUAUGAGCAUGCACGCUGCUCUUCACGUGUUCAUGAAUGGAUCCAUGUCCUCAGUGCAGGGCUCAGCAAAUGACCCCAUAUUCCUUCUCCACCACGCUUUUGUUGACAGCAUUUAUGAGCAGUGGCUCAGGAGGCACAGACCAUCUCCAUCUCAGUAUCCAGACUCUGAUGCUCCUAUCGGGCACAACAGCGAAUACCACAUGGUGCCCUUCCUGCCCCUCCACAGAAACAGAGACUUCUUCAUCUCCAGCAAGGAUCUGGGAUAUGAAUAUUCAUAUCUGCUUGAUGCUAACCAGAGGCUUGCAGAAUCCAUGCGUCCUUACCUGGAGGAACUGCAGGAUGUGUGGCCCUGGCUUCUGCUUGCAGGGCUCUGUGGAGGAAUUGCAGCAGUGACCACAGCUGCUGCCGUGCUGACUGCAAAGCGGCGAUACGGAGGGUCGUCUUGGCUGCGUGUGAACAAGUGGAAAGACUUAUUUGCUCUCCCAGAGAGAGAGCCACUUAUCUGCAGCGGUGACACAGAGGAAACCAAAGCCCGUAACUACAACACAACUAUCUGA